AGUUGAUCCAUUCGCUGUUUUCAUCAACGCUCUGACCUCCACCUCUUUGUCUGCUGGACUCUAAGCUGAACAGCCACAUUUAAAUACCAGAGUCAAACCAAGCUGUGCCAGACUAAAACCUCUCAACAGUCACUAUGGAUAUUGCCAUCCAGCAUCCCUGGUUCAGACGCGCUCUGGGUUCGGUCUACCCAGCUCGACUUUUCGAUCAGUUCUUUGGAGAGGGGAUGUUUGAUUAUGACCUCUUCCCUUACACUGCCUCCACUAUAAGCCCUUAUUACAGACAGUCCCUGUUCCGGAGCUUUCUGGAUUCUUCUAACUCUGGAACAUCAGAGGUAAGGUCCGACAAGGAUAAGUUCACAGUUUACCUGGACGUUAAACACUUCUCCCCUGAUGACCUGAGUGUGAAGGUUACAGAUGACUAUGUAGAGAUCCAGGGCAAGCAUGGAGAGAGACAGGAUGACCAUGGUUACAUUUCCCGUGAGUUUCACCGACGCUACCGCCUCCCUUCCAGUGUGGACCAAUCAGCCAUUACCUGCACGCUGUCCGCAGACGGCCUGCUGACGCUGACAGGGCCGAAGCAUGGCGGAGGGAGCGAAUCUGGCCGUAGUGAGCGCAACAUCCCGGUCACCCGUGAUGACAAGCCCAAUGUUGCUGCCUCCUCCUAAAAGCUUGAGUGGUGGGUGUCGAGCAAAAUGGAUGACAGCAUCCAUACUCCUCCUUUCUCCAUCCCCUUACAAGGACUCCCGAGUCCUCCUUGCUUGACUCUUGCCCCCCAUAGAUUGUUUUAGCAUAAUCUCAUAGAGCAUCACUAGUGAGUUUUAACAACCAUGUUCCUGUGAGAAUGUUUCGGUCAUCUGGCCAAAUUUUAACUACUGAUUAAUGGUAAAAUGUUACACUUGUUACAGAUUUUCCAUCUGCAAAAUUGUCUAAACCUGACUGCUUCCAUUACUGCAAUCACCAUGAAACUUCUCUCAAGUCUCCAAUAUAUUCUGUUAUAGUCUAUGCAUUGUUCACUGGAUACCCUUAUACUGAGAAGUCCAUGCUCAAGAAAAAAAAUAAAGCUGCACUUAGCUGCAAUUAACAA